GCACGGUCCACGCAACGCAUCAACAAACCCAGCCUUGCAACUACAACUGCAACUGCCUCUACAUCCGGAGAUGAAUAUGGGUUAAUCUACGCAUUAACCAAAAAAAACAUAGAGGAAUAUCGCCGUUGGAAGAUGCAGAGCACCAUAUGUGAAAGUACUGUAAAGGAUAAGCCACCUGUCGGACACUGUUGCGCAUCCAACAAGAAUGGAUGGUAAUCAGCUACCUUUCAAAGCCUGGGCGGAAACAUCCGCAAAUGUACAUGUUUUGCAGGCCAGUGCACUUGUGCCUGUCCCUCGCUCGUAAAUACCCCUCUUCUCCACUACUACGCUAUAGCCUUACCUCGAAUAUUCUCGGUAUAUUGCUUUCCCGUGCCCAUAGCUGACGGGCGUUUUAAUUUCUUUAUCCAACAAACAAAACCGAUACAGAACUCUCGACUUAAUCGCGUGUCAUAUCUUACCCCUACCGUGGCCUGUCCAGGCUUAAUCUCGUCCGUCACCGCUCUCCACAGCCUCGUCAUCAGUCGCCGCCAUAGUAAAUCAACAUGGCUGAAUUGCCGGGCCGCAAGGUCUUCAAGGUGUUCAACCAAGACUUCAUUGUCGAAGAACACUAUACUGUGACAAAGGAGCUUGGCCAGGGAGCAUAUGGUAUCGUUUGCGCCGCCGUUCAUAAUGCGACCAACGAGGGCGUUGCUGUGAAAAAGAUUACCAACAUCUUUAGCAAAAAGAUUCUAGCCAAGCGUGCCUUGCGCGAGAUUAAGCUGCUCGAACAUUUCCGAGGUCACCGCAACAUCACUUGCCUAUAUGACAUGGAUAUUCCCCGACCAAACAACUUCAACGAAGCCUAUCUCUACGAAGAGUUGAUGGAGACGGAUCUAGCUGCCAUUAUUCGAUCUGGUCAGCCCCUCACUGAUUCGCAUUUCCAAUCCUUCAUCUACCAGAUCUUAUGCGGUUUGAAAUAUAUCCACUCUGCCAACGUGCUGCACCGAGACUUGAAGCCUGGAAACUUGCUCGUCAACGCAGACUGCGAGCUCAAGAUUGCGGACUUUGGCCUGGCACGAGGCUUUUCAAUCGACCCCGACGAGAACGCUGGCUAUAUGACGGAGUACGUCGCGACGAGAUGGUACCGUGCGCCAGAGAUUAUGCUCAGUUUCCAGAGCUACACCAAAGCCAUCGACGUUUGGUCUGUCGGGUGCAUUCUUGCUGAGCUUCUCGGAGGUCGACCAUUCUUCAAGGGUAGGGACUAUGUCGACCAGCUCAACCAGAUUCUACACAUUCUUGGAACCCCCAACGAGGAGACUCUGAGCCGCAUUGGCUCGCCACGAGCCCAGGAAUACGUCCGAAACCUGCCAUUCAUGCCCAAGAAGCCAUUCGCUUCUCUCUUCCCUAAUGCCAACCCCGCUGCCAACGACUUACUAGAGCGUCUGCUGGCAUUCGACCCCGCCAGCAGAAUCACGGUGGAGGCAGCGCUAGAGCACCCCUACCUCCAGGUCUGGCACGACCCAUCCGACGAGCCCAACUGCCCGACGCCGUUUGACUUUGCGUUCGAAGUUGUCGAUGAGAUUGCCGAUAUGCGCCAUAUGAUUCUCGACGAGGUCUCACGCUUCCGCCAACAGGUUCGAAGCGGUCAGAACGCGCAAAACCAAGACAACUGGGCCCGACAGGAUCAAGCAGGCCAAGUCCCCAUGCCACCCAGCGGGAUGCCGGACCAGUGGAAGGCGGAAGAGCCUCGCCCGGAGGAGUACUCGCACGGCACCGGAGUCUUGGAGGCCGAGCUCGGUGGAACAUGAUUCUUUUGUUUAUCAUGCACAAGAAAAGACUACGGACACUCUGACCCGAACUAAUUAUAAGUAAAUAAAAUAAUGAUCAAUAUUUAAGUGAUUCU